CAUGCGACUGUACUGUAUGAACAAAAAAAACAAAAGAAAAAGAAAGCUUAACACGCAUCUAUGAUAAGACUAUUCUAGAAAAGGGAAAGUCAAGCCCUAGCUCUAAGAGGACUCAACAAAAACAAACACCUCUCUUUCUCUGAAUCGCCGAUCUCUCCUCUCUCUCUCUGUUUAGAAGAUUUGCCAACCUUGAGCUCUAGUGGAGGCUAAUUUUAUUUCAGUUUGAGCUUUGAAAGGGAGGUGUUUCUUUGUUUGCACAUAAGAUGUACUUCCGGUCAUCAUCAUACCAAAAUGCAGGUAUUGAGCUUGUUUUUAUAUAUAAAUGGACUGCAAGAGAUUCAUACAGUUGGUUGAGGAGAAGAAGAAGAGAGCUCUAGAGAAGAAGGAAGCCCCUUUGAAAUGGGAGCAGAAGUUAGAAGCUGCUGCAAAAGCAAAGGCUGAUGCUGAAGCCAAAGAGAGGAAGCAGAAGGCUUCAAAGCAUAAAAGAUGUGCAUCAAAGUCUGACACUGACAGUGAUAGUGAUAGUGAUGAUGUCCGAAAGUCUAAGAAGAGAAGUCACAAGAAGCACAGAAGGCAUAUAAGUUCUGAUUCUGGUGAGAAUGAGAGGAGGAGAGAAAAGAAUUCUAAGCGAAAGCCAAAGAGAAGGUGCUCCAGCUCAAGUGAUGAGGGCACUGAUAGUUCUGAAAGCGAAUUUGAAGAAGAAAGGAGGAGGAAGAAGAGAAACCAUGGAAGACAUAGGCAUCACAAUUCAAGAUCAGAUUCCAGUGCUUCUGAUAUGUCGAGCGAUGAUGACAGCCAAAUGAUGAAAAGGAGAAGCCACACAAGGCGCCACCGUCAUUCUCAAUCUAGUGCUUCAGAUUCUUCCAGUGAUGAGGACAAUGGUAUAAGCAGGAGAAGAAAUCAUUCAAAACACCACAAACGUCACCGUAGAUCAGAGUCUAGAGAUUCAGAUUUCUCUAGCGAUGAGGAUAGGAGAGGCCAUUGGAAGCAUCAUAAACGUCAUCAGCGAUCACAUAGUAUAGACUCAAGGUCAUCUGAUUCUGAUGGUCUCGGGUGUGACCAAAGGAAGCUAUCUACAAAGUCAUUUGAUCACAGUAGUGAAGAAACAGGUAAAAGAUCAAAGCACAAGAGAUCAGCUCAUCAUCACGACCAACACAGACGCCAUCAUUCCGGUGAGGAGAAUCAUUCAUCUCAGCAUCCUGAAGAAGGCAAUGGAAAAUCAUGCCCAGAAAACUGACAAAAUAAUGAACAAGAUAAAUAACAUGGAAACUUAUCAUGGUCAGAAUGAGUAUUCAAUAUUUUGCAUUAUUUCUGUGUUGGUUCUUUCAAGAUUGGUUAGUAGAUUUUCUGUGGAUGGAUGAGAGUUGUAACAAACUUUGUGGUGUUGAACUUGCGUUCUAUGUUAGACUGAAUCAUUUAAAAUUUUCUAGAAAGUUGUAUUAUUAUUCGGCGCCCAAAAAAGAGUUCAUGGCUUGUUAUUUCCUCUA